GCCUGUUCCGGUCUCUUUUCGUUGAGGCUCAGCUAGCGGCCGGCCUGCCAACAUGCAGAUCUUCGUGAAGACGUUGACGGGGAAGACCAUCACCCUGGAGGUGGAGCCCAGCGACACCAUCGAGAAUGUCAAGGCAAAGAUCCAGGACAAGGAAGGUAUUCCUCCUGAUCAGCAGCGUCUGAUCUUCGCUGGCAAACAGCUGGAGGAUGGACGCACCCUGUCGGACUACAACAUCCAGAAAGAAUCCACUCUUCAUCUGGUCCUGCGUCUGCGUGGAGGCAUCAUCGAGCCUUCUCUCAGGCAGCUCGCCCAGAAAUACAACUGCGACAAGAUGAUCUGCCGCAAGUGCUACGCCCGUCUGCACCCUCGCGCCGUCAACUGCCGUAAGAAGAAGUGUGGCCACACCAACAACCUUCGCCCCAAGAAGAAGCUGAAGUAGACGUUCUGACUGAAUCGGCUCUCUUUACCAUUUUGUGAGAAAAUAAAUGUGAGAAAAUGGA